UCCAGCCAUUCCCCUGGAGACACUCUCGUUGACGGGGUCUGCCGACCACUCAGCCAUCUUGUUGACGCUGGCCGUGUGUGUCAAUCUCUCUCAUCUCCGCGCCCUAGAAAUGGACAGCGGAACGAACCCUACGGAAUUCACAGCCGCCGCCCUCGCCGCACGGAACCUGGAGAGGCUAUUCCUCAACGUCCACCAGACCCCAGGCUCCCCCUCCUACGACAUCAUCGAACACAGCAUCGUCGCCACCAUCAACGCCCUACAGCCGCUCAAAACCCUCUGCCUACGAUCCCUACGCACCGCCUCCCCCGUUCACCGAGUGGUCAAGCGUCACGGACCAACCCUGCAGACCCUCGUGGUGGAAGCCUCCACCGAAGAAGACCCUUCCUCCCGCGCAGGCGGCUAUAAAUACCCUCAGCUCCACGGCGGCGAGAUCCGCCUCAUCGCGCCCAACUGCCCACGCCUCCAAGAGCUGCGCAUCCAACUCCGCCGCUCCCGCGGCAGCUGGCGCGAAUGUCUCGCCUACCAAGCCAUCGGGCAAUUCCCAUCCCUCCACACCGUCAUCCUCGACCUCCACUACGACCCGCGCGACCACCCAUCACCCUUCAACCCCUGCGCCCACCACCACCUCCGCGAGGCCCUCCUCAACGCCGCCACCGACGCCCCCCUCGCCACCGCCAUCUGGGACCUCAUCUACGCGAACCAGCCCUCACGACGGCUGCGCUCCCUGCGCAUCGUCCCCUUUGGCGCGAAGUUCUUCGCCCCGGGUGAGUCUCUCGUGCUGCAGCGUCUGUCGCCGCCGCUGCUCGUGAAGAGGCCUCCAUGCUACCCGCGCGAACCCCUCCUCGUCGUGGAUGUGGGGUCCGCCGAGAUGGAGCUCCAGCGGAGGGCGCACCGGGCUGUUUGCCACCUGCCUUCAGAUCCUCCCGUACCGGACUCUGUGGUCCGCGUUUUCCACGAACUGUGGCCUCCUGUGAUGGAGGGCGCUGAUUGGAGGAGUACGCCUUGGAAAAGCUUGCCUCUGGAGGGGUGUCAUGUUCCUUCUGCUGUGUAGUUUUUCUGCUGUCUAUCAUCGUAUAUUUCUCUUGGGUGGCUGCUGUGUUUACUGUUGGCGCAAGUCCUGUCUUUUGGUGGUUCCAAUUUAUGUCUUAUCCACCGUUCCAUCGAUACAAUCUCCACUCCUUCAGACUGCAGAUGCUGGAAGUGUUGGACGAUUCGGCAACAAUCGGACCAUUCUGGAGGGAUCGGCAUGUGAUUGGGUGGUCGGGAUGGACUGCAAAUGACGUCAUAAUGGAUGUCCUCAGGCAGCUGGAGACUGUUUACAAUGCACGGAUUGGACAAGGAUCGGAUGUGAAGAUGCAUAUAGCUUAU